UAUAAAUAGUGCUUGGGGGAACAGAGAGAAAGAAGAAGAGAAGUGCGACAAUGGAAGCCCUGCAGCCGUUGAAGCAACUUAUCCACUUUGCUUCUUUUAGGUCUCAUAGAUUUCGACCCUCUUCUCCUUUCUUCAUUGUUCGUUGCUGCUCUUCUUCUUCUUCUUCUUCUUCUGCCGCUACUACAGCUGCAGUUGCCGGUAGAGCCGGCGGCCGCAACCGUAGGUCCAAUUCCGGCACUUCUACUUCAACUUCAGAUAAAGAGGCUAUUCGUGCCAUACGCAUCAACAAGGUGGAAGAGCUGAGAAGCAAUGGCUUGGAGCCCUAUGCUUACAAGUGGGAUCGGACUCACACUGCUGGUCAACUGCAAGAGAUUUAUAAGAAUUUAGGAAAUGGCGAAGAGUCGAAUAGUGAAAAUGAUUAUGUUUCUGUCUCAGGAAGAAUAGUCGCUCGCAGAGCUUUUGGAAAGCUCGCCUUUUUAACUUUAAGAGAUGAUUCUGGCAUGAUUCAGCUUUAUUGUGAGAAGGAAAGGCUUGUAGAUAAUCAGUUUGAGCAAUUGAAGACGCUUGUUGAUGUUGGUGAUAUAUUGGGGGCAAAUGGUUCAAUCAAGCGCACAGAGAAAGGGGAGCUAUCUGUAUGUGUCAACUCAUUCUCGAUUCUCACAAAGUCAUUGCUUCCAUUGCCGGACAAAUAUCAUGGCUUAACAGAUGUAGACAAGCGCUAUCGACAGAGGUAUGUAGACAUGAUUGCAAAUCCUGAGGUGGUUGAUACCUUUCGCAAGAGGGCAAAGAUUGUAUCAGAAAUACGCAAGACAGUGGAAUCUUUUGGCUUUGUGGAAGUUGAAACACCUGUUCUCCAG